AUGGUGAUUUUCGAUCGUAAUUGCGAUCUUUCCAUCACAGAAUACUUUGAGAAGAAACGCGCAAUCGCCAACUCUUUAGCAGAAAGCUUGUACAUUGUACAAGAUGAUGACUUCAUCUCAUUUGUUCUUAAAGGUCUGGAUUCUUCAUUCGAAAUUUUCAAGGCUGCACUUAAUAUGUGUUCUGGUCGUAUGACUCUCAAAGAACUACUUGGACUCCUCCUUCAGGAAGAAGAACACUUGACUGAAGAAAUUUGUUCUAUCGCUAUUAAUACUCAAUUUGGUUCUACUCCUUCUCAUGCCCUCUUAACUCAAAAUUUAGCUUAUCCUCCUCCCUCGCCACCCGUUCACAAUACCAAUCAAUCAUCUAUUCUUGGAUCACCCCCACUCUCUAAUCUUGUUGCAUACAAUUCUCAUAAUCAUGCUCAAUCUAUGGUACCUCAACAGUAUUCCUAUUCCGCAUUCUCUCAGCCCAAUAAUCGUCAUUCCAAGCAUCGUGUGCUAUGUCAAAUAUGUGGUAAAACUAAUCAUGAAGCUCGUAUUUGCUACCAUCACUCCAAUGAAAAAGAUUACACACCAACAAGGACAUCAACAUCAUGGUCAACUUUCAAACAAGCACAUUUUGCUUCUUCUUCGGCUAUUGUUGAUACUGCUUGGUAUUUUGAUUCGACUGCUACACAUCAUGUGACCUCAGACAUGGCUAACCUCACGUUAUAG